AGUGUGCGAGUUCACGCGAACGCGAGUUUGAACGCUAGUCGGACAGGCGCGCGAGGAUCUCUGAGGCGGUGCCGCUCCCCGUGUGGACGCAGAAUGCAGACCAUUAAGUGUGUUGUGGUGGGAGACGGGGCGGUAGGCAAGACGUGCCUCCUCAUUUCCUACACGACAAACGCCUUUCCCGAGGAGUACAUCCCCACUGUGUUCGACAACUACAGCGCUCAGAUGAGCGUGGACGGGCGUACGGUCAGCCUCAACCUCUGGGACACGGCGGGGCAGGAGGAGUACGACCGCCUGCGCACGCUCUCAUACCCGCAAACCAACGUCUUCAUCAUUUGCUUCUCCAUCGGAAGCCCUUCAUCGUUCGCCAACGUUCGCCACAAGUGGCACCCGGAGGUGUCUCACCACUGUCCCAGCGUGCCCAUCCUUCUGGUGGGCACCAAGAGGGAUCUGCGCUCAGAUACGGAAACGGUUAAGAAGCUGAAGGAGCAAGGGCUCGCUCCCACCACCAACCAGCAGGGCGGCGCUCUGGCCAAGCAGAUCGGGGCCGUGAAGUACAUGGAGUGCUCUGCGCUCCUGCAGGAGGGCGUGCGGGAGGUGUUCGUGGAGGCCGUUCGCGCAGUGCUCUACCCCGCCACCAAAAAGAAUAACAAGAGGUGCGUGCUCUUAUAGUCGGACAUGAACUCAUAAACACGCUGUGAUCCUGGUGUUUGUAUCCUUCUCUUCUAGCUCUUAAAGGACUUCCUCCGACUCACUGA